GCCCGCCCGCCCGCCCUCCCCUCGGCGGGUAAGAGGCGAGCCGUGGGAACGCCAUGGGGGAGACGGGCGCCGGACGAGGCGCGGGUCGCGCGCUGGGCGCCCUCCUCCCGCGCAGCGCACGCCGCCUCCCCGACGGCCGCCCGCGUCCCGCUGUGACCACCGCCGUGACCACCGCCGUGACCGCCGCCAUAGCCAUGAAGCGGGCGCACCCCGAGUACAGCUCCUCAGACAGCGAGGAGCUGGACGAGGCCAUCGAGGUGGAGAAGGAGAGCGCGGACGAGAAUGGGAACCUGAGCUCGGCGGCGGGCUCCAUGUCUCCCUCCACCACCUCGCAGAUCCUGGCCAGGAAGAGACGCCGAGGGAUCAUCGAGAAGCGCCGCCGCGAUCGCAUCAACAACAGCCUAUCCGAGCUGAGGAGGCUGGUGCCCAGCGCCUUUGAGAAGCAGGGAUCGGCCAAGCUGGAAAAAGCUGAGAUUCUGCAGAUGACUGUUGAUCACCUGAAAAUGCUGCAUACAGCAGGAGGGAAAGGUUAUUUUGAUGCUCAUGCUUUGGCUAUGGACUAUCGGAGUCUGGGCUUUCGAGAGUGCCUGGCUGAAGUUGCUCGAUACCUGAGCAUUAUAGAGGGUCUGGACGCCUCUGAUCCUCUGCGAGUUCGCCUCGUGUCUCAUCUCAACAACUAUGCCUCUCAGCGGGAAGCAGCAAGUACUGCACACACUGGCAUUGGACACAUUCCUUGGGGCAGUGCCUUUGGACAUCAUCCUCACUUAUCUCACCCAUUUCUGCUGGCUCAAAAUGGGCACGGUAAUACCAGUACUACAGCGUCUUCCGCAGAACCACAUCCCCAGACCAGAAUUGCUGCCCCCCAUGCUGAAACUUCCUCACUCAGAGUGCCCCCAAAUGGCAGCGUUGGACCAGUGCUCCCUGUGGUCACAUCUACUACCAAACUGUCUCCUCCUCUCCUCUCCUCCAUGGCAUCUCUGUCUGCGUUCCCUUUUUCGUUUGGCUCCUUCCAUCUGCUGUCCCCCAACGUGCUGAGCCCGUCUACACCAACGCAGUCAGGAGCCCUUAGCAAACCAUACAGACCAUGGGGGACUGAGAUUGGAGCCUUCUAAGAACUAACUCUUUAGUGAGGGUGGGGAAGCCUACAAGCCUAGCUGAGCUGGGUUAUGCUAUGGUUAAAGUUGAAGUUCUUAAUAACUGGGACAAAGGUACAGCUUCACCUUAACUAACUUUGUCUGAAAACUAGCUCUUUGGUUUUUUUCUUUUUUAUUCCCUACAUUUUUGUAUUAGCAAUUUUGUUAGGAUUUUUUUUUUUUUAAUGGUUGCUAAAGUUGUGCAAAAAUAAAAUUACAAUAGUGGUUGUUAACACUUGUGUUAGAUCUGUGCUGAGGAUUUAAAUCACUUUUGUAAACAGUUUGUUUCAAAUGUUUCAUUUUUCCUGAGUACAUCGGACUGCCUUUUUGUGAAGAUCUGUCACCUAGAAUUGUUAGCAGCAGCUUGUUCAUUUUCUCAAGACCACUCUUCUCAGUGCUAACGAGCUGUGGUUUUGUGUUUUGACAUUGAGAUGUUCUAUAAAGAAUUACUCUUUUUGUAAACUA